AAUAAUGCUAGUAAAUGGAUAGAAAAUGCAUUAAAAAGUGAAAAAAUUAAAUUUAUACCAUUUAAUCAAUUAAUAAAUCCAAAACAACUUACUAAUGGAGGAUUUGGAUCUAUUAUGAAAGCAACUUGGAUUAAAACAGGAAUUCCUAUUAUUUAUAAAAAGUUAACUAAUAUAAAAUCUAUUAAAAGUAAUAUAUUAGAUGCCUUUAUUCAUGAAUUACAAAUCCAUUUACAUCUUGAUCAUAGUGAUCGAAUUAUUCGCUGUUUUGGUAUUAGUAAAGAUCACGAAGAUUAUCUUCUUAUAAUGCAAUAUGCUAAUGAUGGUGAUCUUCAAAAUUAUCUUAAAAAGAAUUUUAAAAAUUUAACUUGGAAUGAUAAGAAAAAAUUAGCAUUUCAAAUUGCUGAAGG